GCUAAGACGUGCUAUGGGGGAAGUUGGACCAUGCUGCUAGCGUGUAGCUUUGCUCGGCUCGGCUCGUUUUGCCCCGGCGGACUCUUAACCGUGAACUUUGGGAGUUUUACCGGCGGCACGUGCUGAUGGUGCUGCCGGUGCUGCACACGCCGGUCCGGUCUGGCUCGCGUAACCACCCCUCGUGCCUCCAACUUUUGUCGCCGCUGAUUAGCCGGGAUGUUGGGGUUUGAGCGAUUCUCCUCGGUAUGUCUCCCAGCACCGCUCCGUGGAUUUAUUGUUGCCAGUAGGCCCCGUGGAAGUGUAGAAACUACAGGUGCCCACAUUGUGCUGCAGAGGAGAGAGCACCAGGAUGAGGAGACUGUAGGCACCCGCCGUAGUAUGGCCGCGUCCCGUUCCUCGCGCGUCACAAGGUCAUCAGUGGGGCUCAAUGGAUUGGAUGAGAACUUUUGUGGUCGAACCCUCAGGAACCGCAGCAUCGCCCAGCCGGAGGAGACCUCGGUGUCUCCUUUGCCGCGGGCCCGCUCGCCCAAGAAGAAGCAGGAGUCGAAGCAGGACGCCAAGCAGGAGUCGAGGCAGGACGCCAAACAAGACGUUAAGCAGGAGUCGAAGCCGGACGCCAAACAGGAAACCAAGCAGGAGUCGAGGCAGGAUGAGAAGCGGGACGCGCGCCCGCAGGACGGCCAGCAGCCGGCCGCGUUGCAGGGAAAGGUAGCCGACUCCGGCGCUUCUCCGGCCGAGGCCAACCAGUGGACCAGGAAGCGGGGCGCGUCCUGCGUGGAAAAAGACAUUAGCCCCGAGAAGUCCGAGAACUGUGAUAGAGGGAAGGGGGCGCGGGAUGCCUCUCCUCAAAUCAAAAGGGCCAAGCGGGGGUCCCGCUCUGGAGAGUCUCAGGGACAGGAGGAGGACCCCGAGCCUCCGAAACCUGAAAGUCCAGCCUCUGUCCCGGAGCCUAGCAAGGACAAGAGUUGUGAAGAAUUACCCGGCCAAAAUGCUGCUAGCACAGCUCCUGUCUCGCCUGUCCUCAGGAAGCAGGAAGGUGAGCUGACAGGGGGGGCGUCGGCGUCGGCGUCGGAGUCGGAGGAGGCGGCGGCGGGUCGCGUGGAGUGUGACGGGGCAGCCAAGCCUCCGAACGCUCACAAGGCCUCCAACGGACUCAGAGAAAACAAAGCGGAGGAAUCUAGCGUACUCACUGAAGAGCCUAGUGCAAAUCCCACCAACUUCCCAUCGCUGCUGAACGGCAGUCAGACGGGGGCCCCCUCAUCCCCUGACCCCACCGUGCCUUGUACAAACUCUGUCCCCGGGCAGAUGGAGGUCUCUGGCUCAGGGGAAUCGCCAGCCUCCUCUGCGCCGACGUUAGGGUGCGCUCCAGAGGAACCUGUCCCCGAGUUGAUCGUGGCCAAGCAGCAGCAGCAGGAGGUGGAGGAGGUGGAGGUGGACGUGGACGUGGUGGGGGGGGACACAUUGUGUCUGGCGCACGAGGAGCAGGUGACGGAGAGCCAGGGCGACGCCAACGGUCGGCCGCUAACACCAGCGCAGGAAGCUGCCGCGUCCGCCUCCUCUUCUGCCACUAACUUGAACAGUAGUCCAAUCAACAACAGCAACUCAGGAGAAACUACACCCCCCUUAACCACCUCCCCUCCCCCCCCCACAGAGACAGGUUGCAACCCCUCGGCAUCCAGCACGUCCCCCUCUUUCACGGAGCUCUACGAACACAGAUACACCCUGCGGACUUCGCCGAGGAGGUCUGCGUCCGGUGGGAAGGCCUCCUCCAAGCCCAGCUCUCCUCCCAGAGACAAUGGUCCCUUGAGGGACGAGGGGGAGGCGGUGGUUGGGCUGGAGGAGGGGGAGGAGGAGGGGGAGGAGGGGGAGGAGGCGGCCUGCCCCAUGGUGGAGGAGCCCGCUCCCUCGGACUCUGUUGGCCUGUGCAGCGAGGGGCCGGCGUCCGUGGGUCCCGGAGACAGGGCAGGUGGCGAGGACGGUGCUUCUGUGGGGGACAAAGAGGCCGAGAGCAGCAAGGAGCUGACGCGGAGCCAGGCUGCAGAGGAGGAGGAGGAAGAGGAGGAGGAGGAGGAAGAAGAGGAGGAGGAGGAGGAGGAGGAGCCCGACGUGUAUUACUUUGAGUCCGACCACCUGGCUCUUAAACACAACAAAGAUUAUCAGAGGCUGCUGCAGACCAUCGCGGUCCUAGAGGCCCAGCGCACGCAAGCCAUCCUGGACCUGGAGACGCUCACACGUCACCAGAGGGAGGCGCUGGCCGACCCCAUCAGCUUCGUCGACCAGCUGCAGAAACAGGUGAACCUGGGCCUGCCGUGUCCUCAGCGCGUCGUCCAGCUCCCUGACAUCGCCUGGGAGCAGUACACCUCAGGCCUCGGCGACUUCGAGAGGGAGUUCUGUGACAAGAAACGCAAAACAAGGCGGCUGAAGCUCAUCUUCGACAAAGAAACACCAGAGAGGCUCCUCUGUCAUUCCACUUCAGGGCUGCCUCUUCGACCAAAAAGCCCCGUCGAGCCCAAGAAGGAAGGCGAAUCCUCCGCCAUGUACUCGUCUCUACCGAUGAGUGACGCUCCAGAGAACGGCCGGCAAGCGCAGAUGAUCAGGGGGAGGAUUUGUCACCCAAACAAGCCUGACACAUUUAACCAGCUGUGGACUGUGGAGGAACAGAAAAAACUGGAGCAGCUUCUUGUAAAGUUUCCUCCUGAGGAAGUGGAGUCCAGGAGGUGGCAGAAGAUUGCUGAUGAGCUCGGCAACAGAACAGCAAAACAGGUUGCCAGUCGGGUUCAGAAGUACUUCAUCAAACUGACAAAAGCUGGUAUCCCUGUGCCCGGGAGGACACCGAACCUGUGCAUGUACACUAAGAAGGCGUCCAGCAAGAGGCAGCACCACCUCAACAAGCACCUGUACCGGCCGUCCACCUUCCUGACCUCCUACGAGCCUCCGGUCUACAUGGACGACGACGACGAGCGCUCGGCGUAUUACAACAGCGUGCAGGACCCCUCCGCCGACGAUUCGGAUGAGGAGAGCGUACCUGUGGAGCUGAGGAGUUUGCCGGAGUACAAGGAGCUUUUGGAGCUGAAGCGACUGAAGAAACAGAAGCUCCAGGAGAUCCAGGAGGACAAGGCCGGGGUGCGGCAUCUAGGCUACAAGUGUGACGUUUGCGGCAUGGAGCCGAUCCAGGGGGUCCGGUGGCACUGUCAGGACUGUCCUCAGGACAACUCGGUCGAUUUCUGCUCCAACUGCUCCGACUGCUUGUUCAAGACGGAGACCCACAAGCCGAACCACCACCUGGAGCCGGUGUACCAGUCUGAAACCUUCCUGGACAGAGACUACUGUCUGCCCCAGAGCACAGGCUACAACUACUUGGACCCUAACUACUUCCCGGCCAACAGAUGACAGGGUCCCAGGCGCCGCUAGCUCCAGGCUCUCUCUCCACAUAUCCCACAGGCCACUCUGUGCAUGGCUCCAUCCUCCAAGUCCAAGAUAACCGCUUAACCCGCCGCCAGGCAGGAAGGCCAGCAGGCAGACGGACAGACAAGACAAGACAAGACAGACAAGACAGACAGACGGGGGCCUCAGAGCAGACCACACUGCUGCUGCUGCUGGUGGUGGUGGUGGUGGUGGGGGGGGGUAACUCACCUCCCUGACUUGAACAAAAAAAAGUGUCGGCCACGUCGGGAGGCUCCCUCCCCCCCCACGCCCCCACCCCCACGCCCGCGCGCUCCUCCACCUCAGCCAGGUUAUUCAACGGAUCUGUGAUUUGAAAACGUUAUUACACUAUUUUUAAAAACAACAACAACAACAACAAAAAAAAAAAAGCAGAAGGCACACGACAUUCCUGAGCUCCAUGACUCCUCGAGGGCUGCUCCCGUUCACCUCCUCCCCCCCCCCCCCCCCCCCCUCCAGUUUAUACCUCCCCGUGCUGCUUCAAAACUGGAGAAUCGAGUCUGGUGAAGCGCCACCUAAUGGAGAUAAGUGGUCAUAGUGGACUGUGACGUCAUCGGCCGAGAUACACGUGGGUGGCUCUGUAUGUGUGUGUGUGUGUGUGUGUGCGCGUGUACGUGGUCUCCGUGUUAUGCAAGAGUGGAAACUGUUUUAGCUAGGUGUCCGUAGAUCGAGUAUUUAUGAGCGGCGGCGUCCACAGGAGGGCGCCGCGGGAAGUCGCCGGGGGCGGACUUUGUGCUUUUUCGGCGUCAGGCUGUAGGAAGUUCUGCCGAUUCACAGAAAAAAAGACCUGCACGGCGUCAAAGCGCCGCGUUUCAGCAUCGGAGCCGCCGCUGCUGCCACCGUCACACAGCGCUGCUCCUUCUCUACCCAAACACAUUUCAAACUCACACACACACACACACACAAACACACACACACCUUCAUCUCCUUCCCCCUUUCGCUCUCUCCACUAAAAACACAUCUAACUAGGAAGCACUACAGCACAGAGAGCAAAUGGUUCGAUCGGAAAAACUACACAGGACUGUGUUCUUUUCUUUUUCUUUCCUCCCCAAUGUGUGCCGUUGUUGAUCAUGUUGAGUGUACAAGUAUAUGGUGAAAAGUAGCCAGCGCUAGUUGCUGUGUGCCAUUUAAGAAAAAAGAAAAAAAAGGAGUAAAAAAAAAAAAAAAAAAGAUCUAUUUUUGUUUUGGGCAGGGGGGAGGAACCCUGGACCCCGGCCACGACCUCUUUCUCCCCUUUCGUGGCUCCAUCGACCCCACAUCGUCCUCACAUUAUUGAUCCAGUAAUCAUGCCUCUAGAUCUUUAAUUCUGCAGUCCACUUUAAAGGUCCAUUUAAAAGAUUGUAUUUUUAUUAAUCUAUUUAAAAGAAAAAAAUAAAAUAAAAUAAAAUAAAUUGAGGUAGUGGUUGGUGCCUCCACAGUGGAACAACCCACACAAUUUUAUACACAUAGAUUUUGUUGUGCUUGAGUAGACACCAUUUUGUAUGGUUUUCGUCUCCUUCCCUUCACCCCCUUUGCCCCCCCGCUUCAAUAUCUGUGUAUAACAGUCUGUUCUUAUGUAAAAAAAAUAAAAUGAAAAAUAAUGUAAAAAAAAAAUCAAAAAAAAAAAUGCUAGAGGAGAACCGUGGAAAUAAAAGUAUGUGAAAAUAGUG